GUUUCGCGGAGGAGACGGAUCUCUGCGCUAGACGCAGCCGCCGUCAUGGCCGCCCGGUUGCUCGUGCGGGCUUCGCGGCAGCUGCUGGCUGGGGUCGGGGCCGCAGUUGGGGCCGGGACCGGGACCGGGACCGGGCGGGUCACGUUCAAGACUGCGCCGCGCCAAGUAAAGAAGCGGUGGCUCCGCGCCUACCUGGAGCAGGAGCGGCUGAAUGCGCCCCCCCAGCGGCGGUCAGAGAAGCCCAACUGGGAUUACCACGCAGAGAUACAAGCUUUUAGCCACCGGCUGCAUGAAAAUUUUUCCUUGGAUCUUCUCAAGACUGCCUUUGUUAACUCCUGUUACAUUGAAAGCGAAGAGGCAAGGCGCCAGGAGCUUGGGCUAGAUAAGGAAACGAUUGCUCUUAAUCUCCAAGAUAACAGUAAACUUGCUGAAGAAGGGAUGUCUUUUUCACGUUCUUACCUGAUGCAGUGCUUUGAAGGUGCCUACCCAGAGUUACCUGCAGAGGGGAUAGGAGCACUUGUUGAUUUUCUUACCAGUCAGGAACUUGUUUCUUAUGUGGCUCAAAACCUGUCUAUACAGGACCUGACGCUUUGCAAAGAGUUUCCUGCCCCCCCAGAUGUGCUGCAGAGGACAUUCUUUGCUGUAAUAGGAGCCUUGCUUGGCAGCAGCGGGCCUGAGAAAACUGGGAUCUUUGUCAGGGACUUUUUUAUCCCACAACUUAUUGGAAAAGACCUGUUUGAGAUCUGGCAAGUUGUAAAUCCUAUGGGCUUACUAGUGGAAGAACUGACCAAGAGGAAUAUCUCUUCUCCAGAACCAAGAAUUACCAGACAGUUGGGAGUCAGCACGGUUCUGCCGGUGUACUUUGUUGGGUUGUACUGCGAUAAGAAGAUUAUAGCUGAAGGUCCUGGUGAAACACUGCUUGCAGCAGAGGAAGAAGCUGCCCGCGUGGCUCUGCGGAAGCUCUAUGGGUAUACAGAGAACAGGAGGCCUUGGGAUUACUCAAAACCCAAACAAGGACUGGCAGCUGAAAAGGCUAUUAGCAGUAGCUAGAUGAUAACUGUUUCUCUUAAGAAUUGAUGGCUUCCGUGUUGAAUAUAGAUGUAUUUAGGAAAGGAAAAUGCAGUUUGGCUUUCUGAUUUCUGUGCUUGAAACUUUCAAAUCAAAUAUGGUAUUAAAAUAAAGUCUUUUGCACAAUGUUUAA